UUGGAAACGCGCUUCAUCUCUGGCUGGAUCCGAGGGCGAGCGCCGGAAAACUUCGGAAAGUGCCGAAGUCAGGGACGGUUAGGAUUGUCGGAAGUAGUCGAUUGCUUGGACAGGGUCGGUGGAGAAGAGCGGGGAGAAUCUGCGUUAGCAGUCAAAGACUGUUACAGUUUGAAUUUUCGGAAUAAGCCGAGUUUUUAGAGAGGGUUGGGUGCAGAGGAACGCGAGGCUCUACGGAAACAUCCGAACGUUGAAGAGCCAAUAUCCGAAAAGUUACGAAAACCUGGGAAGGCGGUGAAACCUACGUUUCGGGUGUUUUCGGGAGCAGCCGUAGCCGCCGGUUCCGACGCUUUCCUUUACGGUCCGGAAAUAGCCGAAGCGUUUCGGAGCCAGGCCCUGGGGGGAGGGGCAUCUCGUGGGCGCGCAGGCGGGGAGAGGGGCGGAACCGGGGUGGGGCGAAGCGGGCGGUCCGGGCUUGAUUAGGUAGGAGGCGGUGGAGCGCCGGCAGCGGCCGGAAGUAGCCGAAGCAAGCGGCGGAAGUCGCCGAAGCGGCCGGAGCGGGCGCGCGGCAAGGCGAGGCGAGAGCAGUACAGGGCCCUCCGCGGCCGCCUCAGCAUGUCGGACUUCGACGAGUUCGAGCGGCAGCUCAACGAGAAUAAGCAAGAGCGCGACAAGGAGAACCGGCACCGGAAGCGCAGCCACAGCCGCUCGCGAAGCCGGGACCGCAAGCGCCGGAGCCGGAGCCGGGACCGGCGCAACCGGGACCAGCGCAGCGCCUCCCGGGACAGGCGGCGCCGAAGCAAACCUUUGACCAGAGGCGCUAAAGAGGAGCACGGUGGAUUGAUUCGUUCCCCCCGCCAUGAGAAGAAGAAGAAGGUCCGUAAAUACUGGGACGUGCCACCGCCCGGCUUCGAGCACAUCACCCCCAUGCAGUACAAGGCCAUGCAAGCUGCCGGUCAGAUUCCAGCCACCGCCCUUCUCCCCACCAUGACCCCUGACGGUCUGGCUGUGACCCCAACGCCGGUGCCCGUGGUCGGGAGCCAGAUGACAAGACAGGCCCGGCGUCUCUAUGUGGGCAACAUCCCCUUUGGCAUCACAGAGGAGGCCAUGAUGGAUUUCUUCAACGCCCAGAUGCGCCUGGGGGGGCUGACGCAGGCCCCCGGCAAUCCCGUCUUGGCAGUGCAGAUUAACCAGGACAAGAACUUUGCCUUCUUAGAGUUCCGCUCAGUGGAUGAGACCACCCAGGCCAUGGCCUUCGACGGCAUCAUCUUCCAGGGUCAGUCGCUGAAGAUCCGCAGGCCUCACGACUACCAGCCCCUGCCUGGCAUGUCGGAGAACCCUUCUGUCUAUGUGCCUGGAGUCGUGUCCACCGUGGUCCCAGACUCUGCCCACAAGCUGUUCAUCGGGGGCUUACCCAACUACCUGAACGAUGACCAGGUGAAAGAGCUGCUGACAUCGUUUGGGCCUCUGAAGGCCUUCAACCUGGUCAAGGACAGUGCCACGGGGCUCUCCAAGGGCUACGCCUUCUGUGAGUACGUGGACAUCAACGUCACAGAUCAGGCCAUCGCGGGGCUGAAUGGGAUGCAGCUGGGGGAUAAGAAGCUGCUUGUGCAGAGGGCGAGUGUGGGUGCCAAGAAUGCCACGCUGGUGAGCCCCCCGAGCACCAUCAACCAGACCCCUGUGACCUUGCAAGUGCCCGGCCUGAUGAGCUCCCAGGUGCAGAUGGGCGGCCACCCGACCGAGGUCCUGUGCCUCAUGAACAUGGUGCUGCCCGAGGAGCUGCUGGACGACGAGGAGUACGAGGAGAUCGUGGAGGACGUGCGUGACGAGUGCAGCAAGUACGGGCUUGUCAAGUCCAUCGAGAUCCCCCGGCCUGUGGACGGCGUGGAGGUGCCCGGCUGCGGGAAGAUCUUCGUGGAGUUCACCUCUGUGUUUGACUGCCAGAAAGCCAUGCAGGGCCUGACGGGUCGCAAGUUCGCAAACAGAGUGGUUGUCACAAAGUACUGUGACCCCGACUCUUACCACCGCCGGGACUUCUGGUAGAGGUGGCGGGGGAGGGCAGGGGUAGGGCUGGCUGGGGGCUUCUCCCCCUCCUGCUCCCCCUCUUUUCCCCUUCUGAAGACAUGGGCAGAGGAGUGACAGCCGAAUGACAGCCGGCAGCAACUGGAAUGGCAGCAAUUAAGGGUGGGGGUGGGGUGGGGGUUUGGGGCGGGGAGGGGCUGGGGAAGUGCGCACACAGACCCACACAGACACGCACCCGCAGACACGGAGGGAAGGGGUGGGGAGGGUGCACAGCGGGGUGGGGUCGGGCCCCCGUAGCCCCUCCCAGGAAGUCUCUCCUCCCCUAUACCCCUCUUCUCCCCUUCCCCACCGUAGAAACAGCCUGUUUAUAUUUUAUGGCCAAACUAUUUUGAAUUUUGUUGUCCGGCCCCGGUACCCUGCCCUCUCCCCUUCAGGACCACAGCUCCCGUCCUCUUGGCCUCUGGUCCUCUUCCUGGUGUCCUCCCUGGUUUAUUACAUAGUUGACUCUCUCCUUUUUAGUCUCCCCGGACCUGCCCCCACCCCGUGGUCCCUGUCCCUCUCCUACUCUGUGGCAGUUUCAUAUUUGCUAAGACGAAUUUGCUCAUUAAACAUUUUGUUGUAUUUUA